AUGGAUGCUUCUCUUGUGUCCGGGGGAAAGGCAAGGUUUUCACCAAGAAGGCUUGUGAAGGUUUUCUUGCAUGGGGAGCCCUUCGGAAGGAAGAUAAAUUUGUCUGUCCACAAUAGUUAUGACUCAUUGUCAUUCACCUUGAAAAGGCUGGGCAACAACUAUUCACUUUCACAGUUUGAACUUAGUGACUUGGAAAUCAGUGAAGAAGAUGGUGCGUUAGAUGAGAACAACUUCGUUCUCUUGUAUGAUAAUGCGGAUGGUGAACGUUUCUUUCUUGGUGAAGUCCCGUGGGAGGAGUUCACCAUUUCUGUCAAGAAGAUCUACAUUCUUCCAGGAGAAAAAGAAGAUGAUAAUGCAGACUAUCUGGAAGAUGGAGAUGGAUAUAAUGGUGAUGUCAAUGCUGCUGCCGCUGAUGGAGAUGAAGAUGCCGCUGGUGAAGAUGAAGCCGAUGUUGCUGCUGUCACUGAGGAUGGCGAUGGAGAUGGUGCUUGUGACGAUGAAGAUGUAGCUGUUGGUGAGGAUGAAGAUGAUGAUGUUGCAGAGGAUGGAAACGACAGUUCCGAGGAGUAA